UGAAAUUCGUCGACGCAAGAAUGCAAACAACUUUCGCGUCUUCUCUCUCAUAAACCCGAAUUUUAUCACUUUUUACCGCCUUAUUAAAUAAUUUUUGAAUGAAUUUUCACGUAUAGAUGUUCGUAAAUAUUUGUUUUACUGAUGCGUUAUAUUUCAUCGAUUUGAAUGAAUCGUUGAUUACACAUCCUACAUCAUUUUCAAUUAGAAACACCGUAAAUUUAAAGAUGAAGUAAAUCAGUGAUCAAGAAAUAUUAACCAUGAGCUGCUGUCCCGAUGAUACCGAUUCAACUGACGACCAAAAACCAUACAUAAGGGAGUGUACCGAUGUGUUUUGGUUGUGCAUAUUUCUCGGAUUUUGGAUUUGCAUGAUCUUAGUAGCUUCAUUUGCUUUCGUUUAUGGCAAUCCUCUUCGUUUAACAAAUGGUUAUGAUAGUUUUGGAAAUGUUUGCGAUUCUGAUGAUAAUUACGAGUACCAGCUCGCCGAUUUCAACUUUUCCGUCACUGAAACGACUGAUAAGAAAUAUUUAUUUUUUAUGGAUUAUGAAAACACCCGUCAAUCUUUACAAAUUUGCGUGAAACAAUGCCCGGAUAGAGAUAUGUUUAGUUUGAACGAUAUCGAAGAUUUUUAUAAGCGCACAGGAUCUUUAUUAUGCAGAUACGGUUCUGAUUUUAAAUUUUUACGAGAAGCAAAUUUUCCUAUAAAUUCUUCAUUUGGUCCUUGUCCAACCUUGCCGGUUUAUAAAAGCUCACCAAUAUUGAAUCGAUGCGUGCCCGAUGUUGCGAAAGAUGUUGGCAUUUAUUUUCUGAAUGAAAGUUGGAAUUUUGUAGAAGAACUAGUUGGAGAUCUGUAUAGAACAUGGAGAUGGAUUCUGUGGUUAACUUUAAUUUCUGUCGUACUUUCAAUGAUAGUGGUAUCUUUACUUCAUCUAUUCGCCAGUGUAGUUUCAUGGAUCAUAAUGGUUUCAGUUUGCGCUGUUUGCGUUGUGGUAACAGGUGUAUUGUGGUGGACUUACUUCGACAUCAAAUGCCAAUUGGAUAAUAGAGAAUCGGGGCAGUGGCUAAAUGAAGAGGUUGAUAACGAAGAAGUUUUCAAAAUUUAUUCUGUGGUUGCUACAAUAGUGACGUUGAUAAUUUUGCUGUUAGUAUUUGUAAUGAGAAAAAAGAUUACGUUUUUAGCGGCUUUAUUUCAAGAAGCUUCGAAUUGCUUGGCAGAUUUACCUUGUUUAUAUUUGCAACCGAUCAUUUCAUUUUUAUUGUUAAUGGCAUUUUAUGCGUAUUGGAUUAGCGUUGUUGUUUGUUUAGCUACUGCGAGUUAUGUCGAAUCCAAACGGUUUGUUCCAUCUAGUACACGUAUAGCUAGCAUGAAAAACGAAACGACUGAUUUUCCAUCCAGCAGCAAUUUGAGUGUAGAUGAUUUAACGGGUUUCACUGCAGUAGAAUAUGUCGAAAGCACGUGGUUAAAGUACAUGCUACUUUUAUAUUUUGUUGGGUUGAUAUGGGUAUCAGAAUUUAUUCUUGCUUGUCAACAUAUGGUUGUGGCUGGUACUGUGGCCAAAUGGUAUUUCAAUAGUAAAAACGGCAAAAAUUCGGCUUCAAUGGUGAUGACAUCGAUUGGAACUGUGAUUCUUUAUCAUCUUGGUUCUGCUGCUUUUGGAUCAUUUUUAAUCACGUUAUUGAAAUUACCUCGAAUUAUAUUCACAUAUUUGCAAAAUAAAUUUCGAAAGAAUAAGGACGAAUCUCAGUGCGCUGAAUACGGUUUGAAAUGUUGUUCUUGUUGUUUCUACGCUCUGGAAAAAUGUUUACGCUUUAUGAACCACAAUGCCUACACAGUAGUCGCCGUUCAGGGUAUAAAUUUCUGCCCUGCUGCUUAUAGAGCGUGGAAAGUGCUAGCGAAUAACGCAUUAAGAUUAGCCACGAUCAAUAGCGUUGGAGAUUUUAUUUUAUUUUUGGGAAAAUGUUUUGUCGCUAUGAUUAUGACUGUAAUUGCGGUGCUGAUUUUCAAAUUUGACUCUUCUUUGAAAUUUUACGCUGGACCAACCAUGAUUGUUUUCAUUUUCUCUUAUUUUGUUUCUCAUACAGUGAUUUCAUUAUAUGAGUUGGUUAUAGACACCUUGUUUCUGUGCAUUUGCGAAGAUUUAGAGAUGAACGGUAACGAUGGACAAUGGAAAACGACGCUUCUAGCUAGUAUCGAAUACAAAGGGGUUAAACGUUGUCCGCCUCCUCAGCCCACCGAAUUGUAAUGCCAUUAUUUAAAUCUUUGUAACAAUUUGAGCGGUCGUGUACUCCUACUUUGCCUUAAACACUAAAGAUUAAUUUCAGUAUUACUUUCAUAAGCUUAAGACGUAUCACUUUCGUGGAGUUCAUAUUGUAUGAAGUUGUUUUAUAUUUUAUAAACAUUUAAUUUGUUUUAAUUGUUCGAUAAAAUUAAGUAUUUUUAUAACUUUUUAACUUGCGUUGAGGUUGUGAGCAACAAUAAUUUUUAAGUCAUUUGAAACUAAAAACGUCCUUUUACGAUUACUUCAUUUUUUUGUUAUUUUCCAAUCAUUGAAUGUUUAACUUUUUACAAAGAUACUAGGUAUAUUGUAACUUUCCUUUGUUUUUUGAAAUUUUUUUAACGUUACUAGUCUUUUAUGGUAGACAUUAUUAGUUCUUUUUUAUUUUGAAUAAAAAAAAAAGGAUUCUGUUAUACCUGAAUUGCUUCAUUAAGUUUGUAAUAAAGUAUAAAAAGUA